UGUACUUGUAAGUAGUUGAGGGAAAACAUCUAUGUGUCACGUCCAUGUGUUCGGAUUUGGACAGCGGAUGCUAGCUGGAUUUUAAAGAUGCCAAAGAAUAAAUUCAAGAAAAAGCCAGGUUCAUCCCUUGUGGAGCGGAAGAAGGCCCUGAGGGAGGCAGCUCGGGAAGCCAAACAGGAAGAAGCCAAAUCAAGCCUGAAGGGAAAACAGAACUACUCUGUAGACCAGCUUCUGGACAAGGCAGAAGACUGCAUUGACAGGUUUGAGUUUGAAGUGGCCCAGAAGUUCUGCCAGCGAGCAUUGGAGCUGGAGCCCGAUCACAUCCGAGCCCUAGAGACUGUAGGGACGCUGCUACUGGAGGUCGGCAACACUGAUGGCGCCAAGCAGUGUUUUGGGCGGGCGGUGGAGGUGAGUCCGGAGGAGGGUCACGCCAAGUACAUGUACCUGGGCCAACUGAUGGAGGGCGCCACCGCGGUGCAGUGCUUCCAGAAAGGCAUUGAGCUGAUGGUCAAGGAGAAGGGAGAGAGGGAGGCCAAGGAGGUUGCAGCAGCAUGCCGAGGAGCGGAAGACACCACCAUCACAGACAGAGACAUCUCCAACGCCUUCUGCUCCAUCGCAGAGAUAUACAUGACAGACUCGUGUUUUGACGAAGAUGCAGAAAACAAAUGUAAAGAGAAUGUGGAGAAGGCGAUUGAGACAGACGGAGAAAACCCCGAAGCCUAUCAACUGAGAGCCAGCUUCAUGCUGUCUAAAGACAAGAAACAAGAAGCGAGAGAAGAUAUUAAGAAGAGUGUGUCGCUAUGGUUACCAAAGGUGCAAGCGCUGGAUAAAGGUGAUGUCCCUGAUGAAGAAUUUGACCCAGUUGAGACUGUUUCGCUGACCUUUGAUGCCAGAAUGGCUGCAGGGAAGAUUCUAAUUGAGGUGGAGGAAUUUGAGCUGGCGUGUGAGGUGUUGGAGUCUCUGCUGGAUGAGGAUGACGAGGUGCCGCCAGUGUGGUACAUGCUCGGCUGGGCCAACUACCUGCAGGGCCAGGACUUCAGGGAGAAUGCUAGGUACUAUCUCACCAAGGCCAACAAGGUGUAUGCCAAGGUGAAGUACGAGGAUGCUGAUCUGUUGAAGCAUAUCACAGAUUUGUUGGAGGAGCUUGGACCAGGUGAAGGUGAUGAAGAUGAUGAUGACGCUCAAAAUGGCGUCAACGACGUUGAACCAGACAGUACUGAUGAUGAGGGCGAGGCUAUGGAACACUAGACUGCAUGGCCAAUGUACACCGUUUGUUGUAUCAGAAAUGUAAUGAUAGUAAUUAAAAGAUUAUGUAAAUAUCACCAAAAUGGAUCUGUCCUGGGGGUGCUUGUAUGUGGUCCUGCCCAGAUUAUUCGUGUGGCAGUAUGUAUUGCAUGCUGUCUUGGCUUUGUAUCAUAAGCUUGACAACAACAAAACUGUUCUGGCAUGCCUUAAGGGACAGCAAUGAAAUUGGGACAGCUUUAACACCUUUUUCAGCCUUCUGUAAGUACACUGGGGGGGGCUACGGGUGGCCCAGUCGUCUAAGGCACCGCACUUCGCUGUGCAGAGUUGCGUCCCUUCGGUACGCCAGAAACCUAUGAUUGUGGCUUCGAAUCCCGGUUCGCCCCGAUUAUGUUUCUAGGUU